GCCGAGGGCCGGACAGAAGGAGCCUGUUUUGCUCCAGCGGGCAGGAGGAGCUGUUUCCGACUCAGCUGUCGUCGUCGGGCCAGGCGGCAUGAGCGGGCCGGGGCUGCCCGUGAGCGGCGGGGCGUCGGGUCUGCCUCCGCUGCCCAAGAGCCUGAGCGGGCUGCUGAAUUCCUCCUCCAGUGGGGGCCCGGGCGGGCGCUGGCGGGACCUGGAGCGGCUCUACGCGCAGAAGUCCCGCAUCCAGGAUGAGCUGAGCCGGAACGGAGGGGGUCGGGGCUCCCCGCGGCCGCCCAAACCGCCGAAUCUGGACGCGGCUCUGGCCCUCCUCCGAAAAGAGAUGGUUGGCCUCCGGCAGCUAGAUAUGUCACUACUGUGUCAACUCUACUCCCUUUAUGAAUCAAUACAAGAAUAUAAAGGUGCUUGCCAAGCUGUAUCAAAUGCAGACUGUGUGUAUGCUCUGGAAAAUGGUUUUUUUGACGAAGAGGAAGAAUAUUUCUAAGAAUACUGUGCCACUGCCAGGAUCGGAGUGUGGAGGGAACUUGUAGUCAUGACAUCAUCAGUGCCUACCGGAACGUUUAAGUUCAUCCCUGCCUUGUAUUGGAGGAAAUGCACUCUGCAACCUGUUUAUUUCUGGUGUACUGUCAACCCAGGUUUCACACUGUGCUAAUCUUACUUUCGGAAAGCAACAUGCAACAAGCUUUGAAGUGUCCUAAAGUACAUCUGACAGACCACAUCAGUCUAAUUUAUGCACUGGGUGAUUUCAGCUUGAACAUGUUGGCAAACUUGGAUUAUGCAAGAAAGAAAUCAACAUUCUGACAUGUAAAAUGGUAGUUAAUGUAACUACCUAGAGUAUGUGCAUUUGCAGUAAUAGAGAACAGGAAUCUUGGCUUAAAAAAAUCAUUGAACAUCCGAAACUAUGGAGCCGGUUCUAGUACACUACUAGAUGUACCUUCUUAACAGUAUCUCAGAUAUUCUGUAAAAGCUGCUUUAUCAUACCUCCUUUCUCUUCAGUCGAGGCUUAUUGUACAUGUAUUAGUGAAUUUAACUUUUUCUUCUAGUGAUCCAGUUCAUUUUCACUUUUGAUAUUGUCAGUAUUCGUUACUUAUUGAAACCAAUAUAAUCGGACUGGUUUUUGUAUAUUUAUACUCAAAUACAGUAACAAGCCAACAGUCUGCCUCAUUUUGUGUGGCUCAACAAGUUUACACAAGUAACAUUUAGUUAACUUAUUAUGCAAACUUCACGGGUAGCAAAUGUGAAGAAAUACCACACAAACUCAUAUCAACAUCAAUAUUUUAUAUUCAUUAAAUUGCAGCUUGUGAACUUGUUUCUUACAAAUCAAAGAAACCUGUAUAAAGAGUUUGUAGAAUAUUAAUAUCAUAACUUUUAUACUACUAUAACUGAAAGAAUUAACACUUGAACAGUAAUUUAUUAAACUUUCUAUCAUUAAUUUA